UCUCUCUCUGAGCUUCAAACAAACCCUAGAAACAGAGGUGAGGUUCUGCUAGAGCUCUAGAUUGGAAGCUCAUAAUUGAAAUUGGAACUUCCCCCUGUUACCGCACUAUUUUCAAUCUAAAGCAACGAUCUCAAGAUCAGGUGGCCUCUGCCAAAAUCUUUUUUUUUUAACUUUAUUUAUUGCUAAUUUUCUUGAAUGUUUUUGUUGCAUGCGUGUAAUCUGUUCUCUUUCACAAUGGAAAGAUCUUUCUCAGACAAGAACUGCUCAAUCCCCCCUUAUUUUUUUAGACAAUAAUUGAGUUUUAAUUUUCAGGAUCAACUAAAGUUUCCAUUUUUUUUUCUAGUGUUCUUUCUUAAUUUAGCCUCUGGUAAUAUGAACAAAUUUUCUUAAAUUUGGAUUAUUUUUAGAUUGUUUUCAUUAUUCAUAAUUUCGCCUAGUGGGUUGAUUAUUCAGUAGAAACUGAUGAAAUUCAUUCAUCAUAGCCAAUGCAUGUUUGUAAUUUUAAUCCAAUUGCAAGUUUUAUUGUCACACAUUACUUUAAAUCUUCAAUAGUUACCAAUUUAUUAAACUUCCAAUUUCUAUUACUAUUUUUUGGAGAACUACCAAAAGAAGGAUCAACUGAAAUUUUUGACAAUAGAAUGAAAUUUUUGACAAUAGAAUUCUUAUGGGCUUAGAUAAGAUUGUAUUAUGGGUUAAUUGCGGAUAGAACCCCUUAGUAUCACUGUCUUGAACUUACUAUCCGUCUAGAUUUAUUUUUGCAGAUUGACCUCCUGGGUGAUUUCUUUCUUUCUGUUUUUUUUUUUUUUUUAUUUGUUGACAAAUAGACCUCUGAGGGUAAGAUAAUAAAAAUGUUCACUUAGGCGGGCCUAUCAGUAAAGAAAAAAAUAGAGGGGCAGUAAGUUCAAAACAGCUAUAGUACAGAGGUCUACCUGCCCUUGUAGAUAGCCUGCAUUGAACUUUAUAAGAAGAAUGUAAAUUUCUAUUAAUCUCUCUUCGCAAUUAAUUUCAAGCUUGAUAUACACACAAGUUGUUUAUAGUUGAACAAUUUUAUCUUAUAUUUGAAUCUAUUUUUAUUCCUUGAAUUGCUCGUAAUGUCGGAUAUUUUUUUUUCAAGCAAGUACAAUUGUUGAAAUUUCAAUUCUUAGAGAAGAAAUUAGCCUGAACCUUUUUCCCCUUCUCUUGCUUAGGACUCACUUCUUCUUUUAUAAAUGGAGCCUGAAGAUCCAAAGGAUUGGCACAAGAAACGUAUAAAGAUGGAGCAAGAUUACAUAUUGAACAAUCGUGACAACAUCGAUAACUUCCUUGAUGACAUUUGGAGCAAUUGCGAUUUGGAACCUCCCAACCUUAGUGAAGAAUUCUCCAAUGCCAUUUUUGGUGUCAAUGACCAGCAGAUAAAUCCUCAAAGUGUUAUCAAGGAAGAGAAUUUUACCGAAGAAAACAACUCGUGCACUUGGCACGAAAAUUUUGUCACGAAGGAAGAAGUUGUUAAUGAUGGAAGCAACUUGAAUAUUCAAGGUAAAAACAACCAGAGUGCUAGAAAGAGGAAUGAGGGUAGCUCUAGUCGAUCAGUAGAAAGAGCAGAGAUACGAAGGCAGAGGAUGCUCAAGAACCGUGCUUCUGCUGCUCGAUCUCGUGCUAGAACUCUGAUUCGGCGAGCAAAUUUGGAAAUGGAGCAGAGAGCCUCAGAGCAUGAGAAAGAGAGAGAACAAACAAGAGCUGAAGGAAAAGUGUCGCGCUGCAAAAGUUGCUCAUGGUGA